AUGUCGGAUAAUACACCACGGCCUUUGUCUACGAACAUCGAGGGCGAGAGUACGGCGCUGCAGGCGCGGGUAGUAGAGUACGGGACCCUUGACAGCAACCACAGAAACGAUACUGGUAAGAUCGAAAGUAUGGCUGCACCGAAAGGUCCAGAUCCCGGGUUGGCGAACUAUCUCCGCGUGUUCCGGUAUGGGACACUGCUGGAUUAUGCCCUAAUUGCAGCAUGUUGUAUCACCUCAAUUGGAUCGGGUAUAGCGUUUCCACUGAUGAACAUUGUUUUUGGGCAGCUCGUGGGCGUAUUCACGGACUAUUUUGUGCCGGGUACGGAGGUGACGAGAGCUGAGUUCCAGGCCGAGAUCAACACGUUGACGCUGUAUAUCGUGUACCUCUUUGUCGCGAAAUUUGUGCUAUCAUACGUGUCGAUGCUAUGCAUCCGAAUCAGCGGGCUCCGCAUGUCUGCUGCGCUGCGACUGGCGUAUCUGCGUGCCAUGUUUGCGCAGUCGGUCGCUACGAUUGAUACCAUCUCCCCCGGCAAGGUGUCGACGCGGAUUACCACGUCAUCAAACACGGUUCAGCUCGCUAUCUCGCAACACUUUGCGAUGUUGUUUCAGUCGCUCGCGUUCACAAUCGGGCUAUACGUUGUGUCCUUUGUCAAAGGGUGGUUGUUGACACUUGUAGCUUCCGCGGCACUCCCUUUCAUCUUGGUGGUAUAUGGUUUCAUUGUGCCGCCUUUCAUCAAGAUCCAGAAAGUUACUGCCAAGCAUCUGGAAGAUGCUUCGGCCAUGGCUUUCGAGAUGUUUUCGUCUGUACGCGUUGUGGUUGCAUUCGGUGCUGAGGCCAAGCUUGCCAGGCAGUAUGAACUUGAGAUCAUGAAGGCUGGCGAGAACGAGAAGAAAGCUGCUCCCUUGAUGGGACUUAUGAUGGCCCCGCAAAUGAUGGCGAUGUACGGUACUUUCGGCCUCACUUUCUGGUACGGCAUCAAACGCGCAUCUGAAGGCCAUGGUAAUGUUGGUGAUAUCACAGUCGUUCUGUUCUCGGUCAUGAUGGCAGUGAUGAACAUCGGCCGGCUGGCGGCGCCGAUAAUGGCAAUCGUACAGGCAGCCACGGCAGCUCAUGAGCUCUUCAUCACUAUCGACUCCCCUAUUCUCGACACAUCUGGUGUGAAGGAGCCUGAGAUUACUGCAGAUGUGGAUAUCACAUUUGCAAACGUUGCUUUCUCGUACCCCAGUCGUCCGAAUGUGCAAGUGCUUGACCGUCUUGAUCUCACACUCAAAGCUGGCAAAGUCACUGCUAUAGUUGGCCCAUCUGGCUCGGGCAAGAGCACUAUCGUGGGCCUUGUCCAGCGGUGGUAUGAGCUUGCAGGUACAACUGCAUUUGAGAAGCCCGACACGUCACCGACAGUAGAUGAGCAGCCAGUGCAGAAGCCUAAGAGAUUCUGGCAAAAGAGCAAGGACAAUGACAAGAAACCAGAAGCGUCAGACAAGCCAAAGAAAGAGGAUGUCGAUCUUGGACCGAACACAUGCACUGGAACGAUCAGAGUUGGCGAGACAGAUCUCCGCAAUGUUGAUCUAAAGUGGUGGCGGUCGCAAGUCGGGCUCGUACAGCAAGAGCCGUUUCUGUUCAACGAUACCAUUUUCAACAACGUCGCGUUUGGCCUGUGCGGCACUCAGAUGCAAGAUCUGUCGAAGGACGAAAAAACGAAGAUGGUUGAAGAAGCGUGCAGGGAGGCCUAUGCCGAAGAAUUCGUCUUGAAGCUGCCGCAGGGCUACGAAACGCUGGUGGGCGAGAGCGGUAUAAAAUUGUCUGGAGGCCAACGGCAGCGUAUAGCCAUCGCGCGCAGCAUCAUCAAGCAGCCAACGAUCCUGAUUCUGGACGAGGCGACCAGUGCCAUCGAUGUACGCACCGAACGAAUCGUACAACAAGCCCUAGACCGCGUGUCGAGAAACCGCACCACAAUUGUCAUCGCGCACCGUCUCUCUACCAUCAAGCGAGCUGAUAAAAUCGUCGUUUUGCGUAAAGGCCAGCUCGUCGAAGAGGGCACACACGAUGAGCUUGUCCGACUGGAAGCAGGCGUCUACCACGGCCUUGUGUACGCUCAGGAGCUAGCAAUGGAGCCAGAGGGCACCAACGACAUAUCCGAAGAAGCGCAGCUCGAGCGAGUGAACACGUCUGAUUUCAAGCGCGCGGACGCAAAAUCGCACACGUCCGAAGUGGAUCCCGAGUACAAAGAGCGAGGCCUGGUGCUGAGCUUCGGCCGUCUGCUGUAUGAACAGCGUAGGCAGUGGUUUCUCUACUCGGUCGCAGCCGCCGGUAUCCUCAUGGCUGGAGCGAUCUACCCACUUCAAGCCUUCAUCUUUGCCAAGAUUAUCGAAGUCUUCACCUUUACGGGAGACAAGCUGGUCAGUCGAGGCAACUUCUGGGCCGGCAUGUUUGGAGUCGAAGCUGCUGCAGUCGGCAUCGCUUACUUCGUCCUUGGCUAUGCCUUGCGCUUUGUCGAGUGUAUAGUGACUACGCACUAUGGGCAGGAGUACCUGAACAACAUGAUGCGAAAACGCAUUGCCUGGUUCGACGAAGAAGGACACAGUCCCGGCUCCCUAGUGUCGCGCCUGAGCUCAGAUGUUAUGCAGUUGCGCCAGCUGAUGACAACCGAGAUGUCCAUCGCGAUGAUAGCCGUCGUAAAUUUGGUCGGCUCGUUGAUCAUCUCGUUCGUCUACGGGUGGAAGCUUACGCUCGUAGCCCUCUUCUCCAUCAUGCCGAUCAUCCUUGGUGCAGGGUACACGCGCAUGCGUUUGGAGAUACAAUUUGAAAAGAAGAACGCCGAGAUAUUUGCAGAGAGCAGUCAGUUUGCUACCGAGGCUGUGGGCGCCUUCCGUACGGUUCUCAGUCUCAUCAUGGAGGACAUGAUCGGUGACCGAUACCAAACCUUACUAUCUGGCCAUGUGAAGCAUGCCUUUGGCAAUGCAAAAUACUCAACUAUUGUGUUCGCUGCGAGCGAUAGCCUUGAGCUCGGAUGUAUGGCCCUGGCAUUCUGGUACGGCGGUACACUGCUUGCGAAGAGAGAGUAUGACGUUGUUGACUUCUUCGUCGUCUACACUGCGGUAGUACAGGGCGCCAUUGCUGCCGGCAUGUGGUUCAGCUUUGCCCCGAACAUGGCCCAGGCAACUGGAGCAGCAAACAGGAUCCUAAGUUUGCGCCCACCCAAGGACAUUGCACCUCCGACCUACACGGCGCUGCGUAAUCCCUCCGGCGGUGUUGGAGUGGAAUUCCAAGACGUCGAUUUUGUCUACAAGUCCCGCGACACGCAGGUCCUUUCCAAGUUGAACCUGCAAGUCGGCCCCGGGCAGUUUGCUGCUCUCGUCGGUGCAUCUGGCUGCGGCAAAUCGACCACCAUAUCUCUGCUCGAGCGGUUCUACGACGUCACAGCCGGCUCCAUCUUGUACAACGGGCAGGACGUAACCACUCUCGACCCAUUUCUGUACCGCCAGCAGCUCAGCCUCGUCUCGCAAGAGCCAACCCUCUACGAAGGGACGAUCAAGGAAAACGUCGCCCUCUCAGUCAACAGUGCCACAGAUGCCGCCAUCGAAGCAGCUUGCACGGACGCGCAGAUCCACGAAUUCAUCGCCUCGCUCCCCGACGGCUACAACACCCGCCUUGGACCGAAAGGCAUGAGUCUCUCCGGCGGUCAGAAGCAGCGUCUCAGUCUCGCGAGAGCACUGCUGCGCAAACCAAAAUUGCUGCUCCUGGAUGAAGCCACGUCCUCGCUCGACAGCGAGAGCGAAAAGCUGGUGCAAGCAGCGAUCGAACGAGCGGCCGGCGAUAGCGGGAGGACCGUCAUCGCGGUUGCGCAUCGGCUGGCGACGAUCCAGAAGGCCGAUAUCAUUUUCGUCAUGGGCAGUGGGAGAGUGCUGGAGCAGGGCAGUCAUCAGGAGCUACUGAAGAGGCGGGGAGUGUAUUGGCAGAUGUGUCAAGCGCAGGCUUUGGACCGCUAG